CGUUCUAAUCGGUCGGAGAAGACAGAAAGCAAAGAGCCUCUGUAACGCGCUUUGUCUCCGUUGAACUCCUGCGAGAUACCGACAAACAAACUGUAGCAGAUUCAACUCCGGCCAUGGAAACUUGUCGCUGGUCGGCGAGGUCACCUGAAAUUCCGACAAGACCCAGCCCCAGUCGAGCAACUCCUGCGCUUCCGAGAGCACACUUGGUUCGGCUUCUCCGCCGUUUCAGAGCAUCAGCAGCAACGGGCUCGAGCUCCGCUGCCGUUCCGGUAGAACCAAUAACUAAGAACCGGAUGUUCAUUCUCGGCGUGGGAUAUGUCGGGAAAUUCUUUGGCAAAGAGCUCCUAGAUAGCGGCUGGGUUGUUUCAGGGACCUGCAAGAGUGCGGAGAAGAGAAAGGAGCUUGAAGAUGAAGGAUUCGACAUGUACAUUUUGGAUGCCAAUGAGCCAAAGAUGAGUGUCCUGAGUAGUAUGAAAGAAUACACGCACCUUCUUGUGUCCAUACCUCCUAUGGCGGGCAUCGGUGACCUGCUGCUGCAACAAGAGCACCUCCUAAGGAAUAUGCUGAAGGGCGGGAAUAUACAAUGGCUGUGCUACCUGUCAUCCACUAGUGUAUACGGGGAUUCCGGUGGUGACUGGGUGGACGAGGAUUAUCCUGCGAGCCCUUCAAAUCACAUGGCUAAACUGAGGUUAGAUGCUGAGAAAGGCUGGUUAGAUCUGGGUGGAUCUCUUGGAAUUUCAGCACUAGUGUUUCGUCUCGGAGGAAUAUAUGGCCCUGGAAGAAGUGCUAUUGACACCAUCAUCAGGAAGAAACCUUUGACACAAGGUCAAAAGAUGAGAUCAUCGAGGCAGUACACAGCGAGAGUUCAUAUUGAGGACAUUGGCCAAGCGCUUAAGGCUAGCAUUUCAGUUCCACCUUCCAGUAGGAUCUACAACAUUGUGGAUGAUGAUCCAGCCCCAAGGGAAGAGGUGUUUGAGUUUGCUCAUAUGCUGGUCGAGAAAAAGUGGCCUGGCCAUUUCAAAGAUGACCCAUCACCUGAAACAACUGGAUCAAUUGCCAUUGGAGCAAGCACGAGGGGUGAGAAGCGGGUUUCAAAUGCACGCAUGAAGGGAGAGCUCGGAGUGAGGCUGAUCCACCCAAGUUAUAAGUCCGGGUUUCACAGCAUUGUUGAGAAGACAAAAAUUCAUUCUCUGUAGUCUCCAUUUUUUUUCCCCCCCGUUUAUCAUGUUACUUUGCUGAUAUUGCCGAGUACAAGAUUACUGACGGUGAUCACAUUUAAUUUGCGAAUUUCAAUUUGAUCUCUAGACAUAAUUUCAAAUCC